UCAAGAUUCAACCAUCGUGCUUGAGCAAAAUUUGACACGUUGUUAAUAAUGAAGCGAUGAAGUGAGAAUAUCAACCGUGUAUAAUGUCUUGGCGCUCCGAUUUCUUGUUGUGAAGAUUCGCGGUUUCCACUGCACUCAACGAGCAGAGCAGCACGAGUGCGUAAACAAAAAAUCCCGGAGAUCAAAACCACGUUUUCUGAUCGAGCAGCAGGAAUAAAUCGUUGUAAAAAUGAAUGCUUCUAAAAAAGGUAAAGAAACAUCAAAACGGAAGCUAAAAUUAAGUGGGAAGGAAUUGCACAAGCAGAAAAAAAAAGCUGUAAAAGAUCUACGUAAACUACAAGAAGUUUUGGGACAAGAGAUUGAGAAGAGCUCUGAAGAAAAAGAACUGCAAAGAAUAGUAUUUGGCUAUGAUUCAGAUGAUUUAGAAGAUCCAGAUGAAUCCACAGUUAAACUGCCUAUCAAGAAGGAAAAAAUGCCUGCUUGGAAUGAUGAAGAUGAUGAUUUGUUUUUAGUUAAAGAGAAAGCAAAAACUCUGCACAAUUGUCAUCGUAGUGUGUAUUUAAGAGGUGAAGAAAAAUAUACAGAUUAUGUGGAAGAAAAAUUCAAAAAAUUGAUUGGAGAUCCUAAAUGGGCUCAGUUAAAAAGUGAAGAUCAAGAAAAUUUUAGUGAUGCAAGUGAAGAUGAACUCAUGCAACAGACUGGGAAUGUUAUUGCAACUUCUAAAUCAUUAAGAAAAGGCACUUUGAGAAUAAAAAAAUGCCCAACUUUAAUUGAUGAAAAUUUCAGAAAUACUAUUAUCAAAAGUUUUGAAUUUCAUCCAACUUCACAUGUAGCUCUAGUUGCUAGCACAAGUGGAACGUUAAACCUCUUUCAGAUUGAUGGGAAAAUUAAUUCAAAAAUUCAGAGCGUCCAUUUUGAGAAUUUUCCCAUUCACACGGCUCAUUUUACUGCUGAUGGUAAUGAGAUAGUUGCAGGAUCUAACAAAUUUGGACAUUUUUUUACUUAUGAUAUGAUUUCAGGAAAGACAAGCCGUGUUCCUUGGGAUAAAGGAAUGGAACAGAAAAAUGUCCGAAGAUUCCAUAUUUCUCCUGAUGGGAAAUUUCUUGCUAUUCAUGGGCGAUAUGGAAAUAUACAUCUAGUGACAACAAAAACUAAGGAAUGGGUUGGAAGUUUAAAAAUGAAUGGAGAAGUUAUAGCUAUCACAUUCAAUAAGGAUGGUACAAGAAUGUAUUCUCAUGGUGAUACUGGUGAAAUAUAUGUGUGGGAUAUGUUGUCCAGAAAAUGCAUUCAUAAGUUUGUUGAUGAAGGUUGUAUAGUUGGUACCUCACUAGCAGUUUCUCCUAAUGACCAAUUUUUGGCCGCUGGUUCUGAUACUGGCAUUGUAAACAUCUAUGAUAACAAUACGCUGUUGAGCUCAAGCUCUCCUCAGCCACAGAAAGUUCUAAAGAAUUUAACUACAGAAGUAACAAAUGCAAAAUUUAAUUGUACUUCAGAGCUUCUUGCAGUAUCUUCAUCUCAUAAGCCUCUUGCGAUAAAACUGGUCCAUUUCCCAAGUAUGACAGUAUUUUCAAAUUUUCCAAUCAAAGAAGAUAGUGCUGUGAAGUACAUUAAUGUGUUAGAUAUAUCUUUGAAUAGUGGAUACUUGGGGCUUGGCAACAACGUGGGAUCAACCUAUAUAUACAGGUUGAAGCACUUUGACAACUAUUAAAAUAUUGUAUUCAUUGUUUUAUCUCUGUACAAAUAUAUCAUUUUAUAAAAUAAAAAAACGUUGCUUAUUUUUUU